AUGAAUCGAUGGUACCAUCAAAGAACCAAGGAUGAAGAUUACUUCCGGCUUGCAAUAUUAAAGAAUGCUAAUCGUAUACGAAAUAAAGUAGUCCUUGAUGUUGGAGCUGGUACAGGUAUUUUAAGUCAUUUUUGUGUUGAAGCUGGAGCUCGCAAAGUGUAUGCCGUUGAAGCGAGCGCAAUAGCCGAACAGGCAAAGAAGGUUGCAUUAGCAAAUAAUGCUCAAGAUAAGAUAUCCGUCAUUAACGAUCUGGUUGAGAAUAUUGAACUACCUGAAAAAGUAGACGUCAUUGUUAGCGAAUGGAUGGGUUACAGCUUACUAUUCGAAGGGAUGCUAAAGUCAGUUAUUUAUGCAAGAGAUAAAUGGCUUAAAGAGGAUGGCAUAAUCUUGCCUUCAUGUGCUGAAAUUUAUCUUGCCCCGAUCAGUUAUGAUGAAGACUACGAAGAAAGACAUAAUUUCUGGUAUAGCAUAAAAGAUAAAUAUGGUGUAUCUAUGGAUACAAUCGUACCAUUGGCAAAACAAGAAGCUUUUAAAAACGUCUGCUUAUGUCAGUUAACUACUGAAAAUGUUAUAGCUCCCGAAACCUGUAUAUAUUCACUAUCCAUUAAACAAGUCUGUGAAGCAGACUUGAAGCGAAUAGAGCAACCAUUUUCGUUAAUAGCGAUGGGUCGAGCGCUGGUACAUGGCUUUACGUUAUGGUUUAAUGUUUCUUUUGAAAUUUGUGAUGGAAGUAACGUGUUGCUAAGUACUUCUCCAUUUUCCCCGCCCACGCAUUGGUGCCAAUCAGUGAUGUACCUAAAGGACCCUUUCAAUGUUGAGCAAGAUCAAGUAAUCAAGGGCAAUAUAAAAAUAGUAGAGAGUGAAGAAAGUGACAGAUGUAUAGAUAUCCAAAUGGAAUUUUCAUCUGACUUUAAUGGACAUUCUGUAAAUGGAUCGAAUAUAUUUUAUCUCAAUAGUAAUUUUACUUAG